UGGCGGCAGCCCCAGGCUGGCUACUUCCGAAGCCCCAGACGCCAUGGAGGAGUGGGAUGUCCCCCAGAUGAAGAAAGAGGUAGAGAGCCUGAAGUACCAGCUGGCCUUCAAGAGGGAGAUGUCCUCCAAGACCAUUCCGGAGCUCCUCAAAUGGAUCGAGGAUGGGAUCCCCAAGGACCCCUUCCUGAACCCUGACUUGAUGAAGAACAACCCCUGGGUGGAGAAGGGCAAGUGUGCCAUCCUGUGAGCCAGACACAGUGGGUGUAAAGUGUGACUUUAUAAAGACUUCUCCAGACAGUG